AUGGGUGUUAUUCCGGAUGAUAUAAUGAAUCGUGGUGAUUUUUAUGAAAUUAACGAUUUCAUCUCGACAGUAUUAGUAUUACACGGUGAAUAUAAUCGUAAAUUGGAACUACAACACGUUACAGGUGGUGGAUUUCGAUCAAAUUUACGAUCAAUGAAAGGACGUAAAGUUUUACCAACAUUUUUAGCAUCAUAUGCAAGAGAACAGAAAUGUGGACCAUCAAUGAUAAAAGUACUGAUCGAUCGUCAUAUUGCUGAUCUACGAGCAUAUCAACAAGCAAGAAUUCAAAAUAUUGAGAACAAUUUGGAGCAAAAUAAUAUUACUAAACAAAUUGAGACUUUCAUAUCAAAUCACAAACAUUGGGUUCGUGCUCGGAAACAAAUGAGUAAUUAUGCUGCACUACAGCAUAAAAUACGAAAAACAAUUCCCUUUAAACGAUCUUCUGCUACAAGAUUGAUAGUUUUGAAAGGAGUAACUGUGUCGGAUUUAUGCAACGAAUUAAUUGAUUAUCCAAUUUGGGUUGGUUUUCAUUACUAUUUCAUGCGAGUGCUCAACAGAAAUGGCUUACAUAUUGUCUAUGAUGAUAUCAAUUAUGCAGUUCAAGAAAGUGGAAAAUUGCGUCAUUUACGUAUUUUGCCUUCUAAAUAUACACACAAACCACAGGCUACGACAGUUUUUGGUGAAACAAAAGUUUACAGUAAAGGACAGGUAACAGUUAGUUGGAGUAAAAAUUAA